AUGAAUGGAUUGGCCACGCGCGGACGGCGCCCGAGCCGAGAAGGGGGCGUCAGGGAAUGUAUCGAGGGCCGCUUCAUGAACCAUGCUGCGACCGGACGAGCAGCCGUCGGCCGGACAACGAAAGGCCAAGGUAGUGCCAAAGACCUGCUGGGUGGGUACCGGCCUGCUGCAGAAACAGCCGGCGCAAAGCCGCGGGAGCCGCGGGAUCCCCGAGACCCGCGGCAUCGAGAUCGGGUGGCCAACGCCAACGGGGCCAACGGGGCCAACGCCAAGGGCGCCAUCGCGCCCGCGGCUGCGCCCCAUGCGGCCCAUGCGGCCCAUGCGGCCCAUGCCCCCGCGCAACGGCCGGAGCCACCUUGGAUGGGCCGCGGCACACGGCGCCCAAAUGGCGAGGUCGCAGCAGUUGUGCCGCCCUGGGCACAAGACACCUUUACCAUGCCAUUCCCCAAGCGCGAGGCUCAGAAGCGCAACCCGGACAACGGUCGUCGGAAGAGCGGCGACGGUCUCUUCGGGGCACCAAACCAUGAUGCACAGCUGCCUGCGCAGCUCCCGAGAGCGAGGGAAGGCUGUGCAGUGGCCUUCGUGAGCAAAGCUGCGGAGCCGAACUCCCAGUACCGGGCGUACAUGGAGGACAGGUACUGCAUCGUCGAUCCCUUCAUGAAAGGAGAGUUCGUCAAUGAGACGUGGGGCUUCUUUGCGGUCUACGACGGGCACGGGGGCGCCGCGGCGGCGGAGCACUGCGAGGCGGAGCUGCAGCGCGUCUUGGCGCAGGAGCUGCGCCUGGAGAAGAGCCACCGCCCCGCCUCCCCGCUCCGCGACGAGGCGGUCGCGGAGGCCUUGACGAGGACUUUCCAGAAGGCGGACGAGCAGCUGCGGCAGGUGGGCGCCUGGCGCUUCGGCUGCACCGCCACGGUGGCCUUGGUGCGGCGCCAGCCCGCCACAGUGCGCAUCCACGUGGCAAACGUGGGAGACUCACGGGCCCUCUCAGUGGAUGGAUCUGGAGGCGUGCAGCGGCUGUCCAUGGACCACCGCCCCACGGACCCCGCGGAGGCGCGGCGCAUCCGCGAGGAGGGGGGCUUCGUGACCAUGGGCCGCGUGGCAGGUGAGCUGGCCAUCAGUCGUGCGCUGGGAGACCUGCUGUUGAAGAACUCAGGCCUCACUUGGCGGCCCUCCCAAUGCUCCCACGACGCCAAGCGCGACCUCGCGCUGAUCCUGGCGAGCGACGGCUUGUGGGACUUCGCUGAGGAGAAGGAAGUCGGGAAGGCCGUGGUGGACUGUAGUCGCCAUGGGCUUGAGCAUGUGGCGCACAGGCUGGUACAAGAAGCUCAACGAAAUGGCUCUAUGGACAACAUCAGCUGCCUGGCCAUCUUUUUGUAG